UUAAAAAAAGGAAUUGACUCUAUUCCUCCCUCCUCACCAGUCUGGGACCACUGUGGUGAGUGUGUUUUCUGACUCUUACACAAGAAAGCAUGGACCAAGGAGAUGAAAAAGCCGGUGCAGAAAUGGAGAGAGAGGUGAACUCAGAGGGUUUUGUCCAAUCCACUUUUCAAGAAGCCAGGGAUAGCCAGAAGAAUGUAGGCAAUGCAGCAACCAAGAAAGGGGAGCUGUCCAUGGUGCUGAUUCUGGUAACGGUAGCUUCCUGUCUCAUACCUAUGCAGCAUGGCUACAAUCUGUGGGUACUCUACAACACUGUUGGGCUCCUGCCUAGCUUCUAUAACAUAACAAGACCCGAAGAAGCAGAUUUUCAGAUUACCCUUCUGUCUAUCACCGUGACUAUGUUUCCACUCGGAGCCUCCUUUGCAACUGUUCCUGCUGGUUGGUUGUUAGAUAGAUUUGGCAGGAAAGUUGCACUGUUCAUAACUAACCUUUCAGCAAUUAUAUUUGCUGUUGUGAUGACAUUCUCACUUUCAGUACAUAAUCACGGAUACAUCAUCUUUUCACGUCUCUGCUCUGGAAUAAGCACAGGAAUAUGCUUCUGUGUUGGCCCUCUCUAUCUUGGCGAGAUCUCCCCUAGAAGCCUGAGGGGAGGCAUUAUCAUGAUGUACCAACUGUUUUAUUUGUUUGGUUUCCUUGUGGCUCAGAUACUUUGUCUUCAAGAAGUCUUGGGGACGGGAAAAGGCUUCCCAAUUUUGAUAAAACUUUUUGGUGUUAUGCCAUUUCUUCAGUUGCCUCUAUUGCCCUUCUUACCUGAAAGCCCUCGGUACCUACUCAUUCAGAAGAGGGAUGAAGAGAGCUCAAGGAAAGCACUGAAGAAACUAAGGAACAGAAAUGAUGUGGAGGAUGAGAUUGAAGAGCUCCAUCAGGAGGACGUUGCUGAAAAGUCAGAAAAGAACAUGAAACCUCUUAAACUGCUAUAUGCCAAAAAACUGCGAAGGCAAGUCAUUGCCAUAAUUGUCUUGAAGGUUGGACAACAGUUCGAUGGCAUCAGUGUGGCAUACUCUUAUGCAGAGAGAAACCUCAGAAAUAUAAAUAUGGGGAUAUAUUCAUCCCGAUUUGCGACAAUAGCAUCCACCACUUUUUUAUGUAUGUCAAUGGUAUUUGGGAUUUUUAUUACUGAUUAUAAGGGGCGCAGGUUUUCGCUUCUCAUUGGCUUUGGGGUGAGCGGUUUCAUCUGUGUCCUGUUAACUGUGGCCAUGGAACUACAGAGUGUCAUCUCAGAUAUGGGGUAUUUCAGCAUAAUCUUAAUCUGCAUAUUCCUUUUUGCACAUGGCAUUGGGCCAGGUCCACUUCCAUCUGUGCUAGUGGUGGAGCUCUUCCUUCAGUCAUCACGAUCUUCAGCCAUUGUGAUUGCACAAUUUUUGCAUUGGGUCCUAAGCUUCCUCGUAGGACUGAUUUUCCUUUACAUAGAGAUACAUAUUGGGCCCUACAGCUUAAUCUUUUUCUGUCCAUUUGGUUUCGCCAUCUUUGUUUAUAUAUUCAAGUUCAUUCCAGAAACCAGAAACAGAACCUUUGUGGAAAUCAGGGGGAAAGUGAACACCCGGAAUCCCAGGAGGGUACAUUUCAAGAUGCCAUCACCCAAGUAGAAACUUGUUAAGCAGCAUAUGCAGUUUGUUCAUUUAUUAAAUAGGGUUUUUUAAAAAAGAAAUAAAAAAACA